UUAACCACCGGGCCAAUGGACCACUGACUUUGCGGAAAUGUAAGCGGUCCCAGCUUCAAUGUUAAGUCUCAAACAAAUACACUAGCGGCGCUGGCUCUGUCGUUCACUUUGACAGCUAUUUGUUUUGACAUUUUGCUGGGGCAAAUGUGUUUUUAUUGCUUUCAUCGACGCUAAGCAUAAGUCGUAAAAAUGACAAUAAAUCGUUUCGAGAAUUUUCAUAAGCAGAGGAAAGAAAAAACAGAUUCAUCCUAAAAUGUUCAACUCGAUGCGAAUGCCCGAAGAACAAAGACAGCCCAGAGGGAGCAGAGCCAAUAACUACAACGAUUUUGAAUGUCUCGAACUGAUUCGGGUCGUAAAGAAAUAUGCACACAUUAUCGAAUACAAGGAUGACGGCAAGAACUUGUACACGCACAGGUUCAUUACAAAUGAUGACCGAAACAGAGCUUGGGAUGCAAUUUGUCGAGAGUUCAACAUUAGAACCGGAUGGGUUGAACGUUCUGUAGCUAGUUUAAAAUCGAAGUGGAAUAAUGACAAGUCAAAUAUUCGGGAUUAUGUUCAGUAUUUGGAAACAUCGCAAUCGAGAUCGGGCCGACCACCCGAAGAAAUUCCAAAACCGAAAUUCAUGAACGUCAUCGCUGAGAUAAUCGGAUCAUACUGUCCGGCGUUGGGACCCAUUCCAAAUAUCGAUGAAAUCGAUUUGGGUGAACCAGAGACUCCGGUGCAGGCGAUUAAAGAAGAGCCAUCGAUUGAAAAUACAGGUUUACCAUUCGAAGAGCUUAUGGCUAAUGACAAUUCGGACCAAUUUAAUUUUAACAUCGCCGAAUCUUCAUCAUUGGACUCAUUCAAUGAAACAACAGCACCAAAUCAACCUUUACAUCCGCCGCCGCCUAAAAGGACGAAACAAUCAAACCAAUUACCACCAUUAUUCCAGUCUAAUGGUACCUCGGCAUCAGCGAAUACCAAUUCAGAGAUUCAAGAACUACAAAUUCAGCUGCUGAAGAGACAAAUUGAAGUUCAAGACAAACAAAUCGAGGUACAAGAGCUGAUGGCUGAGGAACUCAGGAUCAAAAUCAAGAGAACGCAACAGCUCAUGAAAAUGGAUACAGCCGAAAGUGAACUACGGUGUAGGGAAAUUUCAAAACGAUUAGAAUCAUAGAAAAUAAUCAUCCUAUUUUUGAAAAAACACGCCGAGUACACCUUGUUGAUGGAUCAUAGCGUAUCAAAAUCCCGACCUCUGUUCAUUUUUGAAAUUGGAGACCAUGAAAAUUAUAUGUAUCUCGCCCAUUGUCCCUCACCAACCGAGUUUCUUAAGUAAUUUGGGCUACAAAUUGUAUUGGCAAUUAGUUGCGAUAAGCUUAGGUCUGAACUGCAGAAUUAUUUUGGUUUAUUGACUUCUAGAAAGUGUAAUAUUUUCAGCCAUAUGUAACUGUUCUUUGUGCUGUUAGCAGCUGUCUACAGAUAAACCUAUGAAAAUUGUAACUUUAUUCAACAAUAAUCACAAAAAUUCAACCGUGUGGUUGAAUUGAAUUGCAUACAUUUCAUCAUUAACUUAUUGUAAAUGUGGUUAUUUUCAAUGAAAAAUAAAAAAUUCAGAAUUUUUUCUAAUUAUAUAUAAGUUCAUCAACAUCUGCAAAAAAUGUAUCCAAAUUAUAUUUAAAUACCAUAUAAAUUUAUUAAAUAAAAAAAAAUCCAAAAUGUUGCAUCGAAA